AUGAAUUUAAUGUACCUGCUGUUAUUUAUUCUGUGUUUUAAAGAAUCGAAUUCCAACAUAGACUCAUAUAAUGAUGAUAGUUCACGGAUAAAAUUUCUAUGUGGUUGUCAGUCAGAUGGAAAUGAUAUGGACAUAGAAAUAAACUGUGAUAUUGGUGAUGUUAUCAAAUUGGAACCAUCGGAUUAUAAAAUGAGAGAUAAUGACGCAGAAGAUACAGAUUGUGGUGACUUCAACUACGAUAGAUGCCAGGAGGAAUUUAAACCAGACAUUUUAAAAAAAGAAGACAGUUUUGAAGUGUAUAAAAAAUGUAGUCUAAGAAACUCUUGUUAUAUAAAGAUAGCCGGAGUAAACCCGGGCCGACAAAGACAAGUGAAUUAUCCGUUCUUCUGUUACAAUGAUGAAUCUGUUAUGGACUCAACUACACCCACUAUCCCUACAACAACUGUUGUAAAUUCAACCCCAGAAGGUCCUGCACCAACUGAUAGUACAUGUACAAAUCAAUCUAAUGAUGUUGGAAAUGUCUACGUAAUUACAUUGGGUGUAAUUCUAGCAGCUGUAAUAUUACUUACUAUAGUCGGUAUAGCGAUCUACUGUGUUCUCAGGUAA